AUGGUAGGAGUUAAUAUUAAAGUUGGAGCAUCUAAUUCAUCCAAACCAAACCUGAAAAAAAGAGAUGGAACCGCAGAAAGUGCCUUCGAUCUCGAGCAACAUUUUAUUCUCAGAUUACCUUUGAGUGCAGCCCAGGAACUUCGAAAAGAUGUUCAACUAGGGUCUGUUUCUUUGAAAGACAAACUAAGUAUUGAAGUACAAAAUGAUCUUCGUCAUGGUACUGUGCGAUAUGGCUCUGAAGUUUUUUCUUCAAAGAUUAUGGACUCUCCCUGCAUGAUGGAAACAUUAAAGACAGUUGACCAAAAAACCUUCUACAAAAUAGCAGAUGUAAUGCAAUUAUUGAUUUGCACAUAUGAUGAUGAUACAAGUCAAGAUGAAAAUGAAAGCCCAAGAAAAAAAGACAAAGAUAAAAAAUAUCAUUAUCCUCAUGGAAUCUGCCCACCAUUAAAAAAUGUUCGCAAACGAAGAUUUAGAAAGACAUUGAAAAAGAAGUACACAGAACAACCUGAUAUUGAGAAAGAAGUGAAACGAUUGUUUCGAAUGGAUGCAGAAGCCAUUGAUGUCAAGUGGGAAGUUUUAACAGAAGAAGAGAAAACAUUGUCAGAAAGUAAUAGCCAGAAUCAAAUUGUAGAAGCUUGUGGCACAGCAGCACCAGCAGAAGGUAACAUUUACCCAAGUGAAAACAGCAUUGGAUUGGAUAUAGAACAAGUAUUUGGUGAACUGAGCAGCUCAGAUGAUGAAGACAAAGAUGUAAAUAUAAUGGACAGUGGUGAAGAAGAAGCAGCUAUUAUGUCAAGAGGAGCUGAAGCUGCCCAGCAAUUAAUUGAUGGUUUGAGUCAGGCAGUUGCAAAUGACCAGGACUCUUCUCCAUAUUGGUUCGUUUUUGGCUACGUUAUCACCAGAUUGUCCCUAUUGUCCACCUCUCACUGGCCUGGUUUCAAGGUGAAAACCGAAGAUGCCGCUGCCAAAGGGAGGCAAGCCUAA